AUGGCAUCCAAAACCCCGCAAGAAACCCCAACUCCUAGCACACCCUCCCCCGACCCAGCGCCCGACGGCGGCGCCAGAGCAUGGCUCGUAGCGGCCGGCGCAGCGAGCGUCUUCUUCUGCUGUCUGGGCUUCGCCAACUCCUUCGGCACGCUGCAGGCGUACUACCUGACGCACCAGCUGCGGGGCGAGUCGGCCGACGCGGUCGCCUGGAUUGGCUCGCUGGGUGCGUUUCUGCAGUUUGCGGCUGGGUUGGUGGGGGGGCCGCUGUUUGAUCGGUGGGGCACGCAGGUCGUCCGCCCCGCCGCAGUCGUCUACCUCGCCGCCAUGAUGCUGCUCAGCCUCUGCACCACGUACUGGCAGCUCAUGCUCGCCCAAGGCGUCCUCAUGGGCCUGGCAACCGGCUUCCUGCAGCUCCCCGCCUUCGCCGCCGUCGCGCAGCACUUCUCCCGCAAGCGGGCCAGCGCGCUUGGUCUCGCCGUCUCAGGCUCCUCAAUCGGGGGCGUGGUGCUGCCGAUCGCGCUGUCCAAAAUGCUGAACAGCUCGGCCCUCAGCUUCGGCUGGUCUAUCCGCAUAACCGCGUUCCUGCUCCUGCCAUUCAUGGCCUUCGCGGCGCUCGCGCUCCGGCCUUGCCUCCCGCCGCGGACGACGGCGUUCUGGCUCCCCUACGCGUUUAAAGAGCCGCGUUUCCUGCUCCUAACGCUCGCGCUCUUCUUCGCCUUCACAGGCAUGUUCACGCCGCUGUUCUACCUCCCUUCCUACGCCUCCACCGUCGUCGGCACGCCCGCCACGCUGGCCGGCUACCUCCUCGCGAUCCUGAACGCCGCGUCUACGCUCGGCCGCAUCGUCCCCGGCGUGCUGGCCGACCGGUACGGCCGGCUGAACAUGUUUGCGGGCGGCACCCUGGCGACUGCUAUCGUUGUCUUUUGCUUGGACGAGGUGCGGUCCACUGCCGCGCUGAUCGUGUACGCCGUCGUCUUUGGCUUCGCGUCCGGCACGAUUGUCUCGGGCGCUUCGGCGGCGUUUGCGGCUUGUCCCGCGGAUGUAAGGGACGUGGGCACCUAUAUGGGCAUGGGGAUGGCGGUGAGUGCGCUUGGGGGCUUGAUUGGGCCGCCCGUGUGUGGUGCGCUUGUGCAGCGUUAUGGUGGGUUUUUGGAGGUCGCGGUGUUUAGUGGCGCCAUGUGUUUUUGUGGCGGAUGUGUGUCACUGCUGGCGAAGCUGACGACGCCGCAGGGGAUUUGGGGGAGGGUGUAGUGUGUGCGUGUGUGUGUGCGGGUUGGGUUGGGUUUUGCGACGGGGAUGGGAUAGGGGUGCGCUGGGGUUGGGGAUGUUGGGCGUGUGGAGUUCGUGGUCUUGUUGUGGCGUACGCUAACUAGCUCAGCUUCUUCUUCCUAUCGAUCGUACUGUGCGAGGAAAGACAGCAUCACGCGAGCUAUGCCUGAUGUAGAUCCCGUACCUAUAGCCCACUACGCACCCCCUACCCCGCGCCCGCAGUCCCACUCUCCCAAUCCUUAGCACUCCCAACGCGUGCACAAGCUCCCUCCUCGCUGCCGCCAGCACUUCUAUCAGCAUUUUCGCCAGCUCAAGGUAAUCCCUCGGCCUCCUCUCGCGCACAAUCGUCAUCUCGCGGUCAAAGUCGGCCCACCUCUCAUUCUUCUUCACAUCCGCAACCGCAUUCCAACUGGAAGUUUGUGUGGUUGCAGAUGCGGU